CUCAUCCCUGACAUGUAUAUAUUAUUUACAUAAAAAUAAAACUAAAUUAUGUCUGGGUUAAUUUUAAAUUUUACUAAACUCGUUGGAAGGACUUCUAUGCAAAUAAAAACUAGUUGCACUCUGAUACCAUGUUUAAAUAUUCAACGCAAUACCAGUUUUUUUAAUAAAUUGCCUGCCUCAGACUUAUGGAGGGGUGUGACGGCAGUUAGUAAUGCAGGAAAAAAACGUGGUAGAGGCAAAGGAUCUGGCAAGAAGAUAGCAAAAGACUUAAACAGAGGCCAAGUAAUUGGCUAUGGAAAAAAAAAUAUGUUGUGGCCCGGCCUUAACGCGCCUAUAAUUCGCGGAAAAGAAUUAUUGCAACAAAAAGCUUUGCCUGAGGAUUCCACUUCUAUUGAAAGGGAAAAAAAUAUCCUAAAACUGCGAGACUCCAUUGGAGGUUUCAGGGUUAUGAAAAUUAAUCCAAUUGAUCGUGGCUGGUCAGGAACUAAAAUGGCUGGCAGAAGUAUAGGAACACCAGAUCCAGUAGGCGAGGAAACUUUUGAAGGAUUUGAUACACGCGUUUUGGAAAACAAAAUAGUGUUUAUAAUGAAAGGAAAUAUGGGAAGGAGGCGAAGGUUUUCCGUUAUGAGUGUCACUGGUAACGGAUGCGGUUUAGCGGGAUUUACUACAUCAAAAGCUCCUGACAUGCGCUCAGCACUACGAAAGUCAAAAAAUCGUGCCAGUCAGAAAUUGAUAUCCUUCGAGUUAUGUGAAAAUCGUACAGUGUUUCAUGACUUUUUUUGCGCUUUUGGUAAAACUAAGAUUUUUGUCUCCAAAAAGCCGGAAGGGUUUGGUUUAGUUUGUCAUCGAGCGAUUCGAACCAUUUGCAAGGUGGUUGGCAUUAAGGACCUGCAUGCAAAAAUAGAAGGAUCCACCAACUUGCAACACAUAGUUAAAGCAUUCUUUAUUGGUUUGUUGAAACAAAAAACUCACCACCAGUUAGCUGAGGAAAAACAAAUGCACGUAGUUGAAUUUAACACGCUUCAAAAUCAUUUUCCGCGUGUCGUCGCCAGUCCUACAGUUUGUAGGAAACAAAAUGACAUUGGAAAGGACGAAGUAAUAGAUUUCACACAAUAUGUUCUCGGCGAUAAAAUUGUUCUUAAGAAGAAAAAAUUUCCUCCUUUUUACGCGAAUACAACUGGCUAUAAAUUAUAUUUGAAAAAGCAAGAGCACUUUAGGAAUCAGGAUAAAGUUCGGAUCGAUAUGCUGGUUCAUGCAGGCCAAUUAACUAGUUUUUUGACAAACAAACAAAAUGAAAAUAUCAAAACAUAAAAUCUUUUGUUUGAUAUAAGCUUGCGUGUAAAUUCAAUUAUCCAUUAAUAAACAAAUAAUUACAAAAAUUUAUA